GUUUUGAAGUAAUCACGAAAAAACAGGCUUAUUAGUUCCAUUGAGCAACGUGGCACCAACUCGCCUUGUGAACGUUCUAUUCCCAGUUUAUUGUUCUACGUCACAAUGCCUGCUUUGCUAUUGAUGGCAACGAGACCUGCCCACGUUGCUGGUUAGUUAGAAUGUAAACAACAACAAAAAAAUACUCAUUGAACUCUGAGGUCGUCCCAUUGUUUACUACGGGGAAAUAUAGUCAGGUGACACUGAUGCCGGAAGAGGCAGAGGACAUGUGGCACACUUACAACUUACUGCAGAUCGGUGACAGUCUUAUGGCCUCCACUAUUAGAAAGGUGCAGACUGAGUCAUCCACGGGCAGCGUGGGGAGCUCGAGAGUGCGCACCACCCUGUGUUUGUGUGUGGAUACUAUUGACUUUGACUCACAGGCCUGCCAGCUGAGGGUGAAGGGAACCAACAUCCAAGAGAAUCAAUAUGUGAAGAUGGGGGCUUACCACACCAUUGAGUUGGAGCUAAACAGGAAGUUCACACUUGCCAAAAAGAUCUGGGAUAGUGUCGUCCUCGAUAGGAUCGAGCAGGCGUGUGACCCCACCCAGAAGGCAGACGUAGCGGCCGUGGUGAUGCAGGAGGGUCUGGCCAACCUGGUGCUGGUGACCCCUGCUAUGACCCUACUAAGGGCCAAGGUGGAGGUGACCAUUCCUCGCAAGAGGAGAGGCAGCUGCACCCAGCACGAGAAGGCCCUGGAUAGGUUCUAUGAGGCAGUGAUGCAGGGGAUCCUCAGACAUAUCAACUUUGACGUGGUGAAGUGUAUACUGGUGGCCAGUCCAGGGUUUGUGAAGGACCAGUUCAUGGCCUACCUCUUCAGAGAAGCAGUCCGACAAGACUCCAAGAUUCUGCUGGAGAAUAGGCCCAAGUUCAUGUUAGUCCAUUCCUCCUCGGGACACAAAUACUCCCUAAAAGAGAUUCUAUGCGAUCCAGCUGUCACGGCUAGAUUGUCUGAUACCAAGGCAGCAGGGGAGGUGAAAGCUUUGGAGGACUUCUACAAGAUGCUACAACAUGAGCCCGACAGAGCCUUCUAUGGGUUGGCUCACGUGGAGAAAGCUUCCGAAGCACUGGCUAUUGACAUCUUGUUGAUUAGCGAUAAGCUCUUCAGGCACCAGGAUGUGGCCACACGGAGUAGAUACGUACGGCUGGUGGACAACGUGAGAGACAAUGGUGGAACCGUGAGAAUAUUUUCAAGCCUUCAUGUAUCUGGAGAACAGUUGACCCAGCUCAGUGGAGUGGCGGCCAUCUUGCGUUUCCCCAUCGCUGAUCUAUCGGAGCCUGAGGAUGACAGCACCUCUGAUGAAGAAUAAAUGACACACUGCAACAGAGAAAUUAGACCUGGGGGUACUCUUAGUCUGCAGAACUGUGAGGAACACAGCGCAAAGUUGCAAGAAGAAAUAGAGUGCAUAAAGUGCAAAACCUGACCAUUAUUGCUUUAUCAUCAUACUCACAGAAUUUGACAUUCUUGUGCUUUUGGGUUUAAGGUGCGGUACAAGUAGAAGUGGUACCAAUGUUAAGCCUGAAAGAUACAUUCUGGUUUACAUUAAUGCUAUGGUUAAGCCUGUAAUUUGUUUGGUGCCAAGUCUGAAUAAAACACAAAUAAUAAUAAAUACACAGAAAAUGCACACCU